AUGAACAAAGGAGCAGGCAUUGAUAUUGGUGGUGAAGAUGGGUUUACAGCUCUUCACAGAGCAUCAUUGGAGGGUCAUCUUGAUAUUGUCAAAUCCCUUGUUAGGAAAGGGGCAGAGCUGGAGAGAAUAGCUAAUGAUUACUGGACACCUCUACUCCUGGCUUUAGACGGUGGCCAUCUUGACAUUGCAGAGUACCUUUUGACGGAAGGAGCCAAUAUUAACACGUGUGGUAAAGCUGGAUGUACAGCACUACACAAUGCAUCACAAACUGGUAAUAUUGAUGGGGUGAAAUUUCUAACCAGUCAAGGAGCAGAGCUGGAUAGGAGCACUGACGAUGGUUGGACCGCACUUAGUUUGGCUUCAUUUGGGGGACACCUUGACAUUGUCAAAGUUCUCGUUAACGAAGGGGUAGAGGUUGACAAAGCACUCAGGAGCGGGAUGACACCCUUGUGUCUUGCAACAGGAGGAGGCCAUCUGGGUAUUGUCGAGGUCUUACUGAACGUAGGAGCAAAAAUUGAUAACUGUAAUCAAGACGGGUUAACAGCACUCCACAUUGCAUCGUCCAAUGGACACGUUGAAAUAGUUCAUCAUCUUGUUAGGAGAGGGGCACAGCUUGACAAACGUGAGAAAACCGACAAGACACCCUUGUAUUGUGCUUCUCAAAAAGGCCAUCUUAAAGUGGUCGAGUAUAUUGUGGACAAAGGAGCAUGCAUUGAUAUUGGUGAUAAAGAUGGGUUAACAGCCCUUCACAGAGCAUCAUUGAAGGGUCAUCUUGACAUCGUCGAAUAUCUUGUUAGGAAAGGAGCACAGCUUGACAAAUGUGACAAACACGACAGGACACGCUUGUUUUGGGCUUCUCAAGAAGGCCAUCUUGAAGUCGUCGAGAAAGGGGCAGCGCUGGAGAGAAUAGCUAAUGAUUACUGGACACCUCUACUCCUGGCUUUAGACGGUGGUCAUCUUGACAUUGUAGAGUACCUUUUGACGGAAGGAGCCAAUAUUAACACGUGUGGUAAAGUUGGAUGUACAGCACUACAUAAUGCAUCACAAACUGGUAAUAUUGAUGGGCUGAAAUUUCUAACUAGUCAAGGAGCAGAGCUGGAUAGGAGCACUGACGAUGGUUGGACCGCACUUAGUUUGGCUUCACUUGGGGGACACCUUGACAUUGUCAAAGUUCUCGUUAACGAAGGGGUAGAGGUUGAAAAAGCACUCAGGAGCGGGAUGACACCCUUGUGUAUUGCAACAAAAAGCGGCCAUCUGGGUAUUGUCGAGGUCUUACUGAACGUAGGAGCAAAAAUUGAUAACUGUAAUCAAGACGGGUUAACAGCACUCCACAUCGCCUCGUCCAAUGGACACGUUGAAAUAGUUCAUCAUCUUGUUAGGAAAGGGGCACAGCUUGACAAACGUGACAAAACCGAUAAGACACCCUUGUAUUGUGCUUCUCGAAAAGGCCAUCUUAAAGUGGUCGAGUAUAUUGUGGACAAAGGAGCAUGCAUUGAUAUUGGUGAUAAAGAUGGGUUAACAGCUCUUCACAGAGCAUCAUUGGAGGGUCAUCUUGACAUCGUCGAAUAUCUUGUUAGGAAAGGAGCACAGCUUGACAAAUGUGACAAACACGACAGGACACGCUUGUUUUGGGCUUCUCAAGAAGGCCAUCUUGAAGUCGUCGAUAAAGGGGCACAGCUUGAUAGAUGUGACAAAAACGACAGGACACCCUUGUCUUGUGCCUCUCAAGAAGGCCAUCUUGAAGUCGUCGAGUAUAUCGUGGACAAAGGAGCGGGCAUUGAAAAGGGUGAUAAAGAUGGGUUUACAGCUCUUCACAUUGCAUCAUUCAGGGGUCAUCUUGAUAUUGUCAAAUACCUUACUAGUAAAGGGGCACAGCUUGAUAAAUGUGACAAAGACGUCGGGACACUGUCACACCUUGCUCUUAACCAUCUAGGUAUACAUGACUAUCUUUUGAAUAAAGAAGCAACAAAGAUCGUUGAGCCAUUCAUUGGGUUUGAAGAGGACCACUAUGACUACCUUCGCAGUACUUUUGGUGGUGCUGCUUUCCCUAGCUAUAUGCCCCAAUCCUCGAUCUCCUCGAGAAAGAGCAUCAAAGAAAAGACAAUGAUUAUAAGUCUCGACGAGUAUGGCAUCAAGGUUCUACUUUCACCCGAAGAUCUGGACAAAGCCACAUAUAUCACAGCAGAAGCAUUGCCAAGUAUUCCACCUGACUUAAACCUGGAAAAAGACGAAGUUGUCAUCUCAGUUGGGCUUAAGCUUUCCCCUCCUGGUCUUCAGUUUAAAACCCGGUGGAAGUUACGGUCUCACAUAGUGCUAUUUUCAGCAAGCCAGACAAGGCGGAAAUUGUGCUGUACACCCGAAGGACUGGUGUUAUAUGGGUACCCGGCAAAGGUAUGUACCACAUGGUACGUUGCAACCAUCACGUCACUUACGUGCAUUACAUCGCGUCUGAACUUUGAACAAAACGAGAUAUGCGUAGAUCAAGACUACUCCACAGAGCUUGCAUAG